CAGACGUAUAGAGCGUUUCUUUAGAGAUGGCUCAGUUUCAUUUUCUCUCUACCAUUUUGGUGCUUUUGUUUGUCAUUCAAACAAAUACCAUGGCGAUGCAAACAGAUAUGCCAAAUCUUUUAAAGCAAUGCUAUGAACAAUUCACCCAAGGACUUAAUCCUGUAAGCGACAUCCAGGACCACAGCAUACAAAGUUACUGUCUGGGUAGCUAUAUCUGGCAUAGCCCAAAUCUAAGACAUCAGCUAAAUUUGACCGAGAGCCAGGUCAACUAUAUUCGAUCCUUUUACAGAGAAUACCAACAAAGGCUUCAAAACAAAAGGCGUCACAAACGACAGGCACAACGUGCAUUCCGGCGAGAACUGCGAGUGUUAGAUGAUGCACAAAGGAAACGAUUUUUUGAUGCCCUAAUAAAGUUGAAAAAUGAAAAAGAUAAGUUUUACGAUAAAUGGGCUAAUCUCCACGAAAUGGUUUUAAGAUCCGCACAUUUUGGACCUGCCUUUCUAGGUUUCCACAGAGUAUACCUACUUUUCCUGGAGUUUCAACUUCAAAGGAUUGAUGGAUCCGUGUCCCUCUGUUACUGGGACUCCACCAUGGAUCAUGAUAUGGUUAACCCAUCGGAAACAGCAAUGUUCAGUAGAGCCUUAGUGGGAAAUGGUAUUGGUCCAGUAAUUAAUGGUCCCUUUGCAGGCUGGGAAUCGUCGGACGGAAAUAUUCUGGACAGAAACAUACACACGGGUGGUGCUCUAAUGAUAAAACCGGCUAUAAGGCGAUUUCUUACAGAUCCCUCCGUUACACGUCACGAGCAAGUUUCUAAUGGAUUUCAAGAACUUUUCGAAAAUACUAUUGAAGGCCAGCAUGGCAAUGUUCAUGUCUGGGUUGGAGGUGAUAUGGGAAAUGCAAGGGCGACUGCCAACGAUCCCGUAUUUAUUCUACAUCAAACAUUUAUUGACUAUAUCUGGGAGCGAUUUAGACAAAAAAUUAGACAACAAGGUGUAGAUCCUGCUGCUGAUUAUCCUUGGCCAAUGUCUACUUCACCAUCUGAACUGCAUAACCCAAGCAGAAAUAUGGACAUUUACAGCAAUUAUACAAAUUUAGAUGGCUACAGUGAUGUUUUUACAACAGAAUUUUAUCAUUACGAUGAUAUGCCAUCAUGCGCUUUUAACUGCAGCAAUUCUAAAUUUUUAAGGUGUCAGGGCGGGGUAUGUGUCGCACUUUCUGCCAACGAUAUAGGUGAGCAAACAUCAGCUCAAGCUAUUAAUGCGACAAGGUUUUUAAAUGGAACGGGAGAGGAAGAGGAAGAGGUUUUGCCCUUUCAACCCUCAUUUGUUGAUCCAAGAACAUUAAAAGGAAAUGGAAUAACUGGACCAACAAGAGAAAAUCAUACAGCGGGGAUUGCAAUCUUUCAGUCCUUUAUAAAAGAUCACAGGACGGGGAACGGAAACAUAAGAAAUGGAACAGACAUUUCCAAAGAGGUACCUGUUGGCUUUUUGCAGGGGAUGCGGAGUUUCAAUAAAGGCGUUUUUCCUGGUCCUAAUGCAUUAGCUUUGCCGUUAGAAACCCGGAAUAGGUUGACCAUUGCAGAAAAAUCUGGAACCCUUCUUCGCCAACGUUUAUAUCCAUCACCUCAUAGUCCACUCAUAAAUCUUUGGGGUCCAAGUGCGUAUCAUAUUAAUACCCAAAGAGGAAGAAUUAGAAGACCUUAUCCAAAGCAUAAUAGGCUUUUAAACCUUAAUAAUGUCCGUAAAUUCGUCUAUCUUCACAAUUUUCCGAUUCGAAAUACAUUUACAUUAGACGGCUAUUCUGACAUAAACCGCUGGGUAUUUAUGCCAGUUCGUAUCGUUUAUUUAAGACGUCCAGAAAAUUUCUUCAAAUCAAGAAUCCGAUAUUUUCAUAAGAACCUUCGAGUUCCGCCCAAACUCUUUGUACAGUCCGAUGGAUUUUCAUAUCGAGGAAAGUAUACGAAACAAAUAGUUGUAGAUGUAAAAAAACCGAGAUCAGAAGUUACCUCCUUUGUUGCAGUGAAAAAUCCUAACAAUGGAGCUGCAAAGUGCUACCUGACAGCUUAUGAUUCGUGCGGUGGAUUCUGUCAACUUCGUUGCCUAAUUCCAAAUUCAAAUCCCCCAACAUACCGAGCAUGUUCAGGUGUUGUUAGUCUCACUAAUCAAUUACCACGUAUGUAUCUGCGAACCUACGGAGAAACCGUUAGAGUAUUGGGGAGUGUCGGUAGAUACAACCACGCAUCAAGUUUAAACGGGAAAAUUUUAAUAACAUUCUUCUGCAACCAAGGAAACGUUCAACCAUGGAAAAGCUGCAUCAGAGGAACAAAGAAGAUAUCCUUUUACUAAUUCAGAACAAAUAUGGAUUGCAUUACAAUUACUAAACUUAUACAGAAUAAAUAAGAUGUGGGA